GCUACUACAGAGAGGCCAAAACUUUGAUCCCAUUGAUGUGUUGCAGGAGGCUGUGCAGCUGAAACCCAAGCCCAGUAACAUGUCAGACUUUGUGAACUAUUCUAAGCAUCAGUUGCUGACGCCAAGAUGUGGGGUGGGGGUUUCUGGGGCCACAUAUGCGCCUCCAUAAGAACUCCCAAUAGGAACUGACGGCCACUACGAGCACCAUCUGACAUGCAGUCCCUUAAUGUUGGCGAACAACACCCCAUAUCGCAGUUCACAGUCCCACGUGUGAGAGUCUGGUGAGAUCAAUUUGUGGACGUGUGUUAAAUGCACCAGAGGGUUGUAGUUUAAAAAUGCGUCCAGUGUUUGGUCAGCGAGUGAGGUUUAGUCCGAAGGGAGAUCGCUAGGAGCUGUAGUGACCUUGGGACUGCUUGCUGAGGGCAGGACAGAAUUCCUGAAGGGACACAUGGUCUAGAGUGACAAGGCCAUCUGCUGUAGCGCCAGCAGUAGGAGGAAGGUGGAGGGGGUUGGACACGGGGGUGCUGAGAAUUCCUUUCGCUGGGGUGUGGAGGGAGUAGAUAUUCUGGGAUAUCGCUGCUAGCACUCCGCCGGGAAACGUGUUUCUUUGGCAUUUUUCAAGCGGAAAUCUGAGGGAGAAUUUUGGAACACUUGAUGGUGAGAGGGGAUCAUCGCAGGGUUAAAUGCGGAAGGUAUUUUUCUGGCCCUCAAGCUCUCCGCGAAGCGACUGGUGAUAAUGGUCUUGGUGUGUUGCCGUUUUACUUCGUUGGAUCCAGUUUCCUCUCCAUCUCAGCACAGCCGGAGCUGAGAGAGCGGGAUCUGGUAGGCCUUCUGGCAGCGACCUCUCGGGAGGAUCAUCUUCACGGGAUCUUCUUUGGAGUUGUUCUGUGCAUGGCAAGGAUCUACUUUCUUGCUGCCUCACUGAAAUUGCAUGGCCUAAACGAAUGAAUAUUUUUAUGAGGCGCCUUGCACCAGAGAUGGGCCAGGACCAAACCAAGCAGCAGAUAGAGAAGGGCCUGAGGUUGUAUCAGUCCAAUCAGACGGACAAAGCCCUGCAUGUCUGGACUAAAGUGCUGGAGAAGACCUCAGAUCCUGGAGGGAAGUUUCGGGUGUUGGGGUGCCUGAUCACGGCGCACUCAGAAAUGGGAAAAUAUAAAGAUAUGCUCAAGCACGCUCUAGAUCAAAUAGACACAGCCAGAGAAAUGGAGGACCCAGACUAUCUGACGGAGGGCUACCUGAACUUGGCGCGCAGCAACGAGAAGCUGUGCGACUUCCAGAAAACGGUGUCCUACUGUAAGACCUGCUUAAACAUGCAGGGUACCACCGUCAGCCUGCAGCUCAACGGCCAGGUAUGUCUCAGCAUGGGCAACGCCUUCCUGGGCCUCAGCGUCUUCCAGAAAGCUUUGGAGAGCUACGAGAAGGCCCUGCGUUACGCACACAACAAUGACGACAAGAUGCUGGAGUGCAGAGUCUGCUGCAGUCUGGGAAACAUUUAUGUCCACCUUAAGGACUAUGAGAAAGCCCUGUUCUUCCCCUGCAAAGCAGCUGAGCUCGUCAACGACUACGGCAAGGGUUGGAGCCUCAAGUAUCGAGCCAUGAGCCAGUACCACAUGUCUGUCGCCUACAGGAAACUGGAGCGCAUGCCAGACGCCAUGGAGUGCUGUGAGGAAUCUAUGAAGAUUGCUCUGCAGCACGGUGACCGUCCUCUGCAGGCUCUGUGCUUACUGAACUUUGCAGACAUACACCGCUGUAGGCGUGACGCUGAUAAAGCAUUCCCUCGCUACGAGUCUGCACUGGGUAUCAUGACUGAGAUCGGAAACCGUCUCGGACAAUCACACGUCUACCUGGGAGUUGCAAAGUGUUGGCUUCUGCAGAAAGAAUUUGACAAGGCUCUUGAUUCUUUGCAGCGAGCACAGGAAUUGGCAGAUGGGAUGGGAAACAAGCUGUGUACGCUGAAGGUGCACUGCCUGAGUGAGGGGAUUCAUCGGAGCCGGGGGCAGAUGGAGGAGCUCAGAGAGCAGGUGGUGAAGUUCCUGCAGUGUGUCGAGGAACUGGAGCUCUACUGCGGCAUGUGUGGAGAGUCCAUCGGGGACAGGGACCAAAAACUGCAGGCCUUACCCUGUUCCCACAUUUUCCAUCUCAAGUGUCUGCAGACAAACGGGACGAAGGGUUGUCCCAAAUGUUUCAAGUCCUCCAUGAAGCCUGGAUUUGUGUGAUUGUGAGACUGUGUUUGUGCGUUGGAUCUGCAGACACAGCGUGAAGCCUCACAGGCUCCUGACUGAUCUGAGAGAAGCAGGCAGCCUCGGGAUGUGCUGAAGAUGUCUGAGGAGUAAAUGAUUCACUGCUCUGUGAAGAGGAUGCUGAACUGAACCCAGAGCGUCGCAGAGAGCGGCUCUGAGGACACAAUCAAGGCGUCCGUCUCAUUAACGGACGUCAGUCUGUGAGUUACUUCUGACUGAGGAGGUAAAUAACCGACAGUGUUACAUUUCAAUAUAAGCUGAAGAAGAAAGAACCUACAUGGUGUCUAACGACUGGCCUUGUUGUUGCAGAAUUUAAAUCUAGAGGAUUAUGGACCGUCCAAAGAGCAUUUAUAACUUGUAUUUGCUAUUUUAUGCAUUAGAAUUGUUUCCUUAAAUCAACAUGAAAUGAUCUUCAGUGAUCUUAGUCGCAGGGUUUGUUGUUCAAAUUAUGUUAUACACAACAUCCACUCUUUCUUUAGUCAACAGUUUUCUGAUUGUUUUUGUAUAUCAGAACACAGAGCCAUUUCUGAAUUUAACUGAUUUCAUACAUGGUAUAUUUAUUAUUGUAUUCAUGUACAUACUCAUGUUGAUUUGUUUUAAAAAGUUAGAUUUAUUUGAAGUGUUUUGUAAAACCUAAAACGAGCUAAAAUCUCUUAACCAUUCAAAAACUAGUAUGUCUUUACAGAACAGGUUCAUGCAGCUGUUAUUUUUUUUCUUAUUCACCGAGACUAAGGAGCCGGAUCAACACACGUUGUGUUUAUAGAAAUUCCUUUUCUGUCCAUGUUUUACUCUUAAGUCUGACGUCAACAUAAUAUUGUUGCAAUUUAAGGACAAAUAUUGUUGAGAAGGAAACCUAUUGGGAAAGGAUCUUCUUUGACCAAUCACACACUUGCCAGAUAACUAUUUAGAGGCGAUACAUGCAGUAUGUUUUAAUGUAGUGUUUUCAUAUUUGUUGUCAUAUGUAAAUAUUGUAGUCAGAUUGAGAUUAUUUACUUGCAAACCUUAUAAUUUUCAUGGUGAUUUUGAGGGAGAACGUCAACAAAACUCACAUCAGUAAAUGUUGCAUGUUUUAUUUACGAUGCCAAGAAACAAAAGGAUUACAUCAAACUAUGUAUCCAUGUUAUUGUAUUUACUUAUUUCGGAUUUGUUUAUCAUAGUAUUUCUUAAUAUUCAGUGGCUUUUAUCAUUCAUAUUCCUUAUAUAUUCAAUUUAUUUUAGACAUAUUGUGAUUUGGGAAAAAAAAGCCAUGUCAAUCAAACUCCUUCUACCAAAUUUCUUUUUAUAGUUGUAGUUUACAAAAGUACUCUUUUAAAACAUUGAUGUGAGACACAGAUGAGUUCAGUUAUAUGGUCAAAACAGGAUAAAUAAUUUAAAAAAAAAAUACUACAAAUCCUCUUUGAAACAUUCAUAAUUAAAGCAAACACAUUUUUCAAACUUGAGGAAUACGCACAAUACUUUAGCUUUAAAACAUUAAGUAUUUUGUUUUCUCUCACUGUAAAACGUGAGUGGCUUGACGGCAUGAGAAGAGAGACACCAACACAUUUACUUUUACAGCACAAGCAUUUAUGUUCCACAACACAUCACUACAUGACCUCAACUUCUGGUUCUUUUUUGAGGUCUCUGCAUCCAAAACAAUGUUGUCUGUUUACCUGUAGCACAAUCAAUGUAAAGUACAGAUAUCAUCUACAUUUAAUAAGAUGUCACUGACCGCACAGCGACUCAUCUUUUAACGGUUUAAACUACCUCUGUUUUUGCCUCUCCUCAGAGGAUUAAUGCAGUUCAACACGACAUUUGAAUACAUGUUGUGUUUUUCUAGAUGUCAUGUUGAUAUAACCAUGGUUUAAUUAGAGUCUGACUAGAAUGCAUUGUUAAUAUAUUUAUGCAUUGAGUCAAACCAUGUUACUCUGUCGAAUAUGGAAAUAUUUCACUAUGGAAAAUAAAGUGCACAGAAAGUGAAUGUAA